GCGUUAAUUGACGCAACACGGAGGCAACCCAUGAUCGCAGACUCCGCACGCAUCCUCACGCCACUGACCUGGGCUUAGCUGUGCCCUGCAUGUGUGUGCGUGUGUGUGCGUGUGUGUGUGAGCGGGAGUGUGAGUGAUCCCCAGAAAUCAGGAUGGAGGAUCUCAAGGAGAAUCUGGGAACUUUGGAUUGACGCCCGGGGAUAAUAACGCGCCGUCGGCCCGAACCUGAUCGGGCUUCUCGUGGAUUUAAACAUUUUGAUGUUGUGUCUCCUCUCCUUUGACCAUUUCCUUCUCGGUGGCGGGGAUUUACACUCGGCUUACAACCUCUCUUAUUCCUGGCGAGCAAAAUGCCAUUCGCCAAACGGAUUGUGGAGCCGCAGCUUCUGUGCAGACACCAGAUCCCCAAUGAUGAAGGUCUGCUUUUCGAGGACCUGUGUGCCAUCAGCAACGUGGUCCUCUCCAGGACCCUGCGACAGCUGUCCGAGCUGGCACGGCAUGCCUGCUCCUUAUUUCAGGAGCUGGAGAACGACAUCUUCAACACCAACCAGCGUGUCUGGGUCCUCCAGAACAAAAUAGGCCAGAUACAGCAAACUGCCAGUGCCCUGGACCCCAAAAAGGAGGCAGUGCCAGUGUCAAACUUAGACAUUGAGAGCAAGCUGUCAGCUCACUAUCAGGCCCAAUGGCAUCAGCAACACAGCAUGUUCCAUCCUUGUGCCCGACCACCGUGUCUGGAAGAGCUACACAGAAGUGCACAGCUCAGUCUAAGAGCGUUGCAUCGAGAUGAACAACAUCAGCGUUCCUCCAGUCGGGAGAGAAACAGGGUGACCAUCGCCAUCUCUGUGGCGCCUCCCAUGCCCACCUUUCCCUCACCGCACAGCAUCCGCCGCCAACAGAGGAGUCGCCUAGCACGAGCAGUGAGCUCAACAUACUCUUACAAUAGGGACUGCAAGCAGGAGAGAGCUGAGAGGGAACGUGAGCUGGACUAUCAACCCAGGAAGGAGAUGGCUGUGAGAGAAACAGAAAUCCAGACCACAGAGAGAAAAGAGAGGUUAGGCAGGGAGGCAGAUAUCCAAACAAUCCAAAGAAAGGCUACUUCCACAGAAGAAGAGGAAAGUGCUGAGGUCCUGGGAGCCCAAAAGGCCAAGGACUCUGUCCGCACAGCCCCAUCAACCCAGGAUAAACAGACAAAUUGGUCAAAGGAAAACAUCCCACCAUCAGAUCAGACAUCUGGUGAUUCUCAUGCCGUCUCCUCAUGCAUCAUUCCCAUUAAUGUCACAGGUUCUGUUGUUAAUCCAGGAGUUGGGUUUGACAGGGAAGCAAGUGCUCGUUGCUCUCUAGUUCACUCCCAGUCAGUUCUCCAGAGACGAAGAAAGCUGAGACGAAGGAAAACGAUCACAGGAAUACCCAAACGAGUACAACAAGAUAUGGACUCGGAUGAAUCACCGGUAGCUAGAGAGCGCACAGUGAUCAUCCAUGCUAACCAACUCACUCUCUGUCAGGAAGACAUUUCCAUAAGUGGUCGUCUCCAUCACACUCGUGACUCUGGUUGCCAGACAGAUGAUUUCCUUAUAGCAUGUACAGCUGCACCCUCCAGAAGACGCAUCAGAGCUCAGCGGGGCCAUCAGGGAAUUCCUGCCUCUUUGUCCCAUUCAACGGGCAACAUUUCCUCCCUGGGUGACCAAUCAGACACAACUUACACUACAGCAUCAGCUCAUGGAGGUCGCUUACGUUCACGUAGCCUUCCACGGGAGGGUGGGCGUCUGAUGGACAGUGACGAGGACGAUGAUGACAAUUAUGAUGACGAUGACGACGAUGAAGAGUUGUCGCCUUAUGAAGCAGAGGACUUUAUUCCACCAGGGCCAAGUCCAAGGAUGAAGAUGAUGAUGAUGAAGGAUGAAGAAGAGAGCACAGAUGACCAAGCAGCUCCUGAGCCACUGCAACUUGGAAGUCUGAAAAGGUUGCAGCGAUCAGGUGAAAGAGACAGAGGGGGUGGAGGAGGAGGGAGCCCAGAGCAUAGCUGGAUGGAGAGAGGUCGUUCUCGCUUGCCUCGCAAGGCUGACAUGGGUAGCUGUGAGAUUUCAUCCAGCUCUGAUACUUUCAGCAGCCCUAUUCAUUCAGUGUCUACAACAGGAGGUCUUGGGAGUCAUGUAGACCAGAAGGAGGAUCACCAGUCAUCAAGUGGGAACUGGAGUGGUUCCAGCUCUACCUGCCCCUCACAAACAUCUGAAACCAUUCCUCCACCCUCUUCUCCACCUUUGACUGGCUCUUCCCACUGUGAUUCAGAGUUGUCACUCAACACAGUACCUAAUGCCAUAGAUGAAGGGUUUUCCCUCGAUCCUUCUUACCACUCUGACCUCAGACCACAGAGCCAGGGUCACAGGUCAAGUUCGUUUACAUCCUCAGCCACAGACCAGCUGGAUGAUGCAGGAGUCAGUACGGCUAGCGAAGGAGAGUGGACGUACCCACCAGACCAAGACCAAAUUGAUCCUGACCAAGACCUGGACCACACCCAAAACCUGAAUGAGAGCCAUGAGUUAGUCCAAGACUACAGCUCAAAACAAGAUUUAGAUGACCAGACCUGUUUCAGUGAAAAGAUGGGCAAUACCGGAAAGGAGACUGGAUCUCAUUACCCAUCUGAUACAGAGUGUUUUUAUUCAUCCUCUGUGAAUUUUGGGUCAUGUAAUCUGAGCUACACUGGAUACAAAUGUAACUAUGCAGACCCUGGGCCUGAUUGUUCUCAGUCCAACACUGUGGCAACACAAUCAUCCCAUGGAGUUUACCCCCAGCCCUUAGUUGACUUCAAAGCAGGCACUAUGACCAUAGGCAGGACUUGUCGUUCGCUGAGGAAAUCAAAGGUCAAACCUCUGCCACCUAAACGAACGUGCUCACUAAAAGAAACCAGUGGCAGUGUUGAUGUGGGAACAGACACACAAGCAGAUAAGGACCAACCAACGAUGGUUAGUGAACAAGAACUUGCCUCGUCUUCCACAGAUAUAAAACUAGAACUGGACCUAGAGCUUGGAGGUGCUCCAGAACCACUACAGACAUCUUGUCUAGUUUCACAGUCUUUGGGAACGUGGGGCAUGGGACUGGGGGAAACUAUGGAUAUGGUUGAGCCCAUAUCCUUCACCUCUACAGAUACACACUCAUUUAAGGAUGAUGGUGCUGUGCAGUCUGACUAUGCAGACCUGUGGCUUCACAACAGCGAACUGAAGUCAAACAACUGUGAGUACACAUCAAUGUCCAACUCAAGCACAGCCACAGGUACCACUGUCAUGGAGUGCAUCAAGUCACCAGACAGCUCUUCCUCUUCCACAGAAAUGCAAAGCCAGGCUACUGCCCAGGUUACAGAGACCAAGGCAAGCAGCCCACCUCUUCCGCCUGGAGACUUUAAACUUGGGUCACCUGAAAAAUUAGCUGGCCUAGCUUCACCAUCAAGUGGUUAUUCCAGCCAAUCAGAAACCCCAACGUCAACGUUGCCCUCAUCUUCAGCAGCAUUCUUCCCAGGACCUUUGUCCCCUUCAACUGGCAAGAGAAAGCCUAAAGUGCCAGAAAGGAAGUCUUCUCUCUCCUCCUUGCAGCAAUUUCCUAGAGAUGGAGCUUCCAUUUCUUCUUGCACUAAGAGGGACAACGACUUUCCACCCCCACCUUCUCAACUUGAUCUCACUAUUCUCCAUGGUGGCUACGUGAGACAUACAUUAUCCCACCGGACAUACCACAUGCACACGCUCCACCAUAGUAAACACAGAGUUGCUAAUGUUUUAGCUGCUGAAACAAAGAUAUUGACCCCUGAGGUUUCAGAUAGCAACCCACCUCCAAGUUCAAGCUCUGCUUCAACGAUUCCCAGCUCAAGUUUACUGGCUAUAACGCCAUCUGCUCCUCGUUCGGUGCAGCUUCAUUCUACCAGCCAAUCUAUAGAUUCACAGAGUACUAGACCCAGAUGCCCCCCCAGAAGUUCUACUCUGGCUCCUCCACCUGUUAACACUAGGCCUCUCCCUCCUCGCAGGCCACCACCCAGACCACCAUGUCAUGACCACACCUCCUCCCCUGAACAUUCACAGCCACCUCCCCCUGGUCGCCAUCCUGAUGGACCUCCAUCCUAUGAAAGUCUGUUACUCAGGCAGGACCGCUAUGGACCUGGAACCUUCUGGGCUAUGACUGCCUUCAGAACAAGGAUGGACCCAUCAUCAGACCUAUCCGAAGACAGUUCGCCCCUGCACAGACCAGUGCCACGAGCUCCCCAUCCCUCCCCUGUGGAUUUGCACACACACAUCCACUCACACGUAGAGUUCAGAGUGCUCAGCCAUUCAUCUCAUUCACACUCUGAAUUUAGGGUACUGGGAGAGCGUACAUUCUCUCAGGAGGAUGACGACGAUGAGGAUGAAGAGGAGGAAGAGGAAGAGCAAAUGAAGGAGCCACAGAGAGCCACAUGUUCUAGAGGCAGUAUGCGAUUGGACCACCCUCCACCCCCAGCAUAUGAAUUUGUUGGAGGAUCCCACUCAAACUCAGGGCCAUGGGCUAGUCCAGUCAAAGUGCCUGGUAACACAGUGGAAACAUCGCAUCCUUACCUAAUCAGCGAUGCAAGAAAAGGCAGAUAUGAGGUGCAGGAAGAAGAGAAAGAGGUGAUAUCAGGUGCUACCAGAAGUGCCCAUCAGCAGCAGACCCUGGAGAGCAAAGAUGACUCUACCACUCCUGACACAGAGGAUUAUUUCAGUAAAGAUUCCACACCCAGUGACAAUUCACUCUCGCCUCUAAUGGAUGACGCCAAAGCAGAUGAAGAUAUUCUCAUCACAUCACCUACUAAGAGCCGAACAACUGAGGACCUGUUUGCCAUGAUACACAGGUCCAAGAGAAAAGUCCUAGGCCGUAAAGAUUCAGGAGACCUAAAUGCAAAGUCUCGUCUAUGUCCAACAGCACCAGUGGCACCCAGCAGUGUCUGUACUGGUACUGUCCCUCCAGCUCCGCCUCUCACAUUUCCAGCUGCUUUAGCCAAUGCUGUUGGGUCACAGCGAGCCCCUGUGCCAAUCUAUCGCAGUGCUAAAAAAUCCAGCACAUCCAAUGAGGAGUUCAAACUUCUUUUGCUUAAAAAAGGCAGCAGAUCGGAUUCUAGUUAUCGUAUGUCAGCCACAGAAAUUCUAAAGAGCCCCAUCACCCCUAAAACACCAGGAGAAUCCCUUCAGGAAGGGUCCUUCAGACAAGUGGAGGAGCCAUCUACCACUCAUCAAGAUCCUCUGAUUUCUGGCGCAGAACCAAUCCAGAUACCAGGCCUUUUUCCCAGGGCCAAUUCUGAAAGUUUCACCCCAAAAUCACUGUCCAUGUCAGCUGCAUCUCGACAAGGACGUUCUCGGAUCCCUCCGGUUGCAAAUAGCAGUCGCUAUAGUACACGCAGUCGCCUCUACACUGCCCCCAUGCAAGCCAUUUCUGAAGGAGACACAGAGAAUUCAGAUGGAAGCCCCCAUGACGAUAGAUCAUCAUAAAAGCUCUCGAUAACAUUUUGUCUAUGCUUAGUUGAGGUUUUUCUAAUCUUGGAUGCCAGUGUAAUUGACAACAAUGCCAGAAAUCCGACUGAUGUUGAAAUGCACCAAUUAUAAUUAUAUUACUCUAAGGGUGGAAGGCUGUUGUGAUGAGGAAUUAUAAGGGAUGAUUGUUACAUCCUGGGGACAUCUCCGAAUACUUUAUAAUGUAGAGAUUAGUUCUUUCAUUUAAAACUGCGAGAUAUAUUUUGAUUGAAAAUAGUCUUCUUUCUUUAAAAAAAUACGUAACUAGAAAAAACUCACUCUCCCAAAUUAAUAUGUGGAUUACAGACAAAGUAUGAGUGCAUGAACAAAUGCAUACAGUUCUUUCUGAUCUUUCCACUUUUUGUGUUUUGAACGUGUGGAUGUGAUUUUGUCAACGGAGGACUGAUUGCUUUCUUUUUUUUUAGAUUUGGUAUUCUUAUAGCAAAUGGUGCCCAAUGCAUCAACAAGACUUCCUAGAGUUUCUACUCAAUAUUCCUGCCAACAAGUAAGGUCUGCUUGAUGUUCUAGUUACUAACAGCAUUCUCAACUCAGCACCAGUUUAACUAUAAUACUCCCAUCUACAGACCUGCUAUAAUAUAUUACACAGAGCCACUCUUAUAUUUGUCAACAGAAAUGUCAUCAAGAAAAAAUAACUUAACAUGAUGCAUGUAUUUUUGUAAAGCUGCGCCUCAGAACAUUAUGAAAAGACUUCAUCAUGUUGCAUGAUCUAUGUGGAAAAAUCCCCUGGAUCUUGGUUUCUGUCAACAUUUUUUUGUGGUUAUUAUGUAUUAUGAGAAAAGAAAAGCUUUUACUGCAGAAGAUUUGAGUUGCAUUUAUAUCACAGUGGUCUAAAUUGAUUUAUCUUCGAGGUGAGUGUCAAAGAGGAAUGAGCAAGGGCUUGCACAUAUUUAUUUACCACGCAGGCUAAUUUUGGACAAUCGCACAGUGGCCUUUCUCUCACAGAGGUGGUUGUAAGCAGGGCAUUUAUAGGUCCCUGUGUGUAUACAUGGAGCUGUGUCAAGGUUCAGCAGAAUUAAAUCACAACGCUUUUUAAAACUAACCUUAAAAUGCAUCGCUUAAGCUGGUUAAAGCUUUUCCAGCAAGAGUUUCUGUUUUGACUUGAAGCAGGAAAAGUGCAUUUGAUUGCAGACUUUGACAACACCAUCGAGUGCAGACAGUGAAAAUGCUCCAGACAGUCUGUUUGACUGGAGAUCGAUUUGUUUCACUAAAGCAACCUCACUUUUGCACUUCAUGAUUCACGAGAAAAGAUAUACAGUAUCUUAUGAUAAAAUCCAUAUGUAUAUUUCUACUGAAUAUAAAAACUUAUAUAGAAACAAAAUAAAAUUUUAUGGGGAAUCAAUCUGAGUGUAGCAAAGAACCGGUGUCACUGACAGCGUUACAGAACCUUUUUCUUUCUUAGUAGUGUACUGUUCUCUCCUUGUUGCCUCUCCUUCAUUUGCACUGACCCAGUAGCAUUUAGACAGGUGAAAGCUCAACCCAGUGGCUGGUGUAAUCCAUGUUGAACCACCCUUCAUACCUCAUACAUCAUGGGAUCUUAGAAAGAGAAGACAAAAGGACAAAAGUAGAACAUUUAAGAGUCAGCAAAGUACCUACGGCACUAGAGCAGCCUUUACAGCCCAACGCCAGAUAGUAAGGACACCACGAAACCUCUUUCAUCAUUCUAAUAAAUCAUGCAUGUACAGUAGCCAACAGGAGGAAACCAACAUCAGCGGAAAGCUUGAACUUUCACCUGUCUACCACAGCUUACAGAUUUCAUACACUUUUAUGCUCAGAGACCAUACUUCAAUUAAAACCAUUCACUGUAUUCUGUGAAUACCUCAGAAAGCAUUUUAUCAUAAAGGAUAGAUAGAUAGAUAGAUAGAUAGAUAGAUAGAUAGAUAGAUAGAUAGAUAGAUAGAUAGAUAGAUAGAUAGAUAGAUAGAUAGAUAGAUAGAUAGAUAGAUAGAUAGAUAGAUAGAUAGAUAGACAGACAGAUAGACAGACAGACAGACAGACAGACAGACAGACAGACAGACAGACAGACAGACUACAACUGCAGAACUGACACUGUGUAACAUGGAGAGUACAAAGCUGUGAACUGACUGAUAUUUUACAUUCAUCAUAUUUCUAAAGCGCACUUGUUCCUGUUCAUUGUUUUAUUUGUUGUGUUUUUUAUCGCAUGCAAUAAGUAAAGGGGGGGGGG